CGCUUCGCAGGAGGAACGAUGAUCCGGCGGCUGUCGAAGGUGGCGGACUCCUCCCAGUGCGAGUUCCUACGGCGAAUGCGGCGGCGGCGGCUGCCGUGGAGGGAGUCCAUAUCGGCGGCGGCGGAGGGGCACGUGCCGGUUUGCGUAGGGGAGGAGAUGGAGCGGUUCGAGGUCCCGACCGCGAUGCUGAGCCGGCCGAUCUUCCUGGAGCUGCUCCGCCGGUCGGCUCAGGAGUACGGCUACGAACAGAGCGGCGUUCUCCGCAUCCCCUGCCCCGCCUCGCUCUUCCGCCGGCUCCUCGCCGCCGAGAGGCGGAAGCAAGCGACGGCGGAGGAGGCGGAGGAGCUGCUCCGGUCCUUCGAUGAGUGGUUGCUGUCGUCGGAAGCGAACUUUUUUGUUUCAUGAUUUGUCCCUGUGUGGACAUUAAUGCCUACUUCCGACGAUCGACUUUGGCUAUUUCUCAUGUAAAUUUUGAUUUGCGUACCAUGAAAAUCUAUUCAA